GUUCGCGACGGUGACGGCGGUGUAGCUCAAAAAGUGGUGCUUGUGGACGUCGGCAGUAACUUUCGAAAUUAAAACAAACGCAUUGUUGCAAUUGAAGAGCAAUCGGUUUCGGUUCUAGGCGGGACAGUGAUUUAAAAUUUGGCUUGCUCCGUAUUUGCCGAAAGAACCCGUGCAUUUCUCCGACUUGAAACGUUGGUUUUUCACACUCGGUGUACGUAAAUAGCCGAGGAUUAGUGUAGUGGUGGUGAAAAUUUCUGUUUCCUAAAAACCCUUAAAGUGAUUGUCUAUUACGAUUUUUGUUUGAAAGUGAAUCAGUAAAUUAUAGUGCCACAUCAAGCUGGUUCCGGCAAUUUAGUGGAAUCGAGUGCGGGUUGUCCCGAAAGAAAUUUAGUUUCCGUAGUAGAAAUCCUGAUGUGAACAUAUUUGACCUUAAGCGAAAUAUUUAGUGCAUAAAUACCAAGCAAAAAUGACUCGCAUUACGGAGACCAAGUCGGUGAAGGUGGAUAACUGGGGGGUAUUUUUCCUCCAAAAAUUGCAGAACUUCUUUAACAAAACGGAUCAUUGCGAUUUAACGUUGCAGUUCAAUGAUAAUUCCCAGCUGAAGGUGCAUCGUUUGGUUCUAAGCGCCUGUACUGACUACUUCAAUAUGUUGGAAAAUACCUGUGAAAUGUUCGAGGAUGUGUUAAUAAUGCCGCUUGACCUACAGGCAGAUGUGAUUGUCCCUAUCGUAAACUUUAUGUAUACUGGAACAUUAGAGUUCCAGUAUAAUAUGUAUGAUAAGCUGCUGAAAACAGCUCGAGACAUGAAUAUGACAGUAUUGCUAAAAUUGCUUGAAACGCACAAGCAGGCAACGUCGCGUUUGAUGCCAGGCGGCCGACAACCGAUUUUGCUAAAUAAACAGGCUCCAAACCGCGGCAGACCUGCAGCUUCCAGUAGUGUAAACUUCCAACCACCUGGCAUGGCAGCCAAGAAUCCGAGACAUCCCGUUCCACACAGUAGAACGCCGGCAAUGGCACAGCGUGCAGCUCCAAUUGUGAAACAUCAAACAACGAUACGUCCCGUAUCAGUGUACGGAAACAGUAAAGCAAUGAAAGAAGCUAAACCAGGUCCGUCUAGGUACGAUGAAAUUGCGACCACGGACACCUUCGAAGGUCAAUUCGAUGAUAUAUCGUAUGAAAGCAAACCUCUUGUGACGGCAGACCAGAUCAAGAAGGAAGAUGAGCCUUUCGAAGAAUUACGCAAAGGUUACACCAAUGUCAGUGUUGUUAAGCGGCCAGCCACAGCUAUGCUAUCUGCUCCGCCUGCGAAAAAGCCAAACCUAGAAGAGGUAAAAGAAUUCACUGAGGCAGCUAGGUUGCGAAGUCAAAUGGCUACCGAAGAGGAUGAUUCGCCUGGGUUUGCUGACGAUACACCCUUCGACGAUGAUGACGAUGACGAACCGCAGGCACACCAUAGUCGGGCGCCACCUCCAAAAUCUAGCCUCAAGACAGUAAUUAAACAAGAAAUUAAAACUCCACCCAGUGCGGGGGCAGUACGACAAAUUACGGUUAGAGAUGAGUCUGGCAGUGUUGACCAUGCUAAAAUCAUAAGCGAAGUGCUGAAGAAAUAUCCACACUUGGUGAAAAAGAACAAAAAUAUUAAGCUCAAGAUAAUGCAGAAAACAUCGCCGUCUGCAGCGCCUCAGACCAAGCAAGCUCCAUUGAAAAUGGAAGUGCGAACAGCGACUCCGCUUCGGCAGGAUAUGUCGAUGGUUCGAAAGGCCACCGAAGCCAUUCGGCAGCAUCCUCAAGCGACAUCAACUCCGGCACAGGCACCGCGUAAGAUUGACUCAAAAUCUAUGCACAGACUAAUUGCUAAAGGUGCAGAAAACAUGACUGGACCAUGGCUCUGCCUUCGUUGCGGUAUUAACGGGCGUCCCAUUUCGAUACCUGACUACAAAUCCUUCCGCAAUCAUCUGACCGUGAAGCAUCGAGAGCGAAUCGAUUCGCGCAUUUGCGAACAUUGCGGUUGGAAGGCAGAGCAACGGAAUCCUCAUCUCUUCUAUCACUGGCUAACAGCUCACAAUAUUAAAUCCACCGUUAAGUUCCCGUCAUGUUCCGAAUGUGGUCAUUCUGCGAUGAACGACGCAGCCCUGCAAAAGCAUGAAGAAGAAAACCACCAGCGGGGAGAUUUGCAACAGUGCAUUUAUUGCAACAAAGUGUUUGCCAAGGAGAUGGAUCUUUACGAACAUAUGAAGAGUCUCCACAAGGAGAAAGCACGUGAAGACGGUGUCAUUGAUUUUUCCGACGAUGAAUAUCACGUAGAUGAGGAGGAAGAAGUUUCGGGUCAACAAUCGCAAAACUCCAGCACGGAGAGUAAAAUAAAGAUUCUUUCCAACAUUACGUUCAGUAAUAGCAGCGCCAUACCGUUCGUGAUCGAUCCCAGUCAGGCGCAGACCGUAUCGCAAAUCGGGGGCAAAUCUCAAAUUCAACUGCAGCAGAUUACGCUGGAACCGUCGUCGGAAGCGGAAGCUCUCAGUAAUGUAGCUUCCGGGAUUGCAACCAGUCUUGGGUUAGUGGAUAACGCCAACGUCGUUAUCGAGGAUUCCAACUUCCAUCAGUCCGGUCAGCAUUACAUCGAACAUCAGCUGGCAACGGUACACGGUGAAACUGGAACCACGACAACGGUCACGGCUGCCGGCGGUGGAUCCGAGCAGCUAACCAAACUAAUCACCGAGGAUGGAACGGAGCUGCAGCUAACGCAGAGCCAAAAGGAUGAGAUUAUCUCCCAGCUGCAAAACACCGCAAACGGUGGCAACGUGGUGAUGGUUCUCAACGACGAUAAUUUCAUUGGUGGCCCCGGUAUACAGUUGGCCGAUGGAUCACAGCUGAUGAAUGCUGCCUCUGUCCCUGCCGGACAGGAUACUAACAUUGUCGUUAUGUACAGUCAACCCACAGAUGGUCAACUAGUGACGACUACCAAUACAAUCACUACAGCAAAUUCGGUAGUACCCGUUGGACCUGCUGCUGGCGUGCAUGAGGAAGAAGUUGCCACAGAAGACGAGGCCAAUAAAAUGGCAGUAGCAACCGAAGACGAAACUUCACAGGUUUCGACACAGCCUUCGGAAAAAACUGGCGAUACUCAACCAAUGGAAGUGUACACGGAAUGCAGCCAGGAUUUGCCAGCAGAGGAGAAGAAUAAAGACGCUAAUGUGUCAUCCGAAGUAGAGCGACCGGUCAGCCAAAUGGAAGACGACGACGAUGAGGAAGAAGAUGAAGAAGCAAAUGAAUCAAAAAAUUCAGAGGCCGAAGAAAAAGCGGCGAAAGAGCGGGAAAAACAGAAACUAAUAUCGGAAUUAGAAGGAGAUUGGUCCGAAGACACUGAAGAACAACCAACAGCAGCUGAGGAGAAAACAGAGGAAAAGGUAACUGAGGCAAAAUCACCUACUGUUCAGAAGGAGAAGCCUGCCGCAGAAAAACAGGAAGAUAAAAACAAGGAAGAAGAAGAAGAAAUAGGACAAAUGUUAAACGAAUGGAAUAAUGAAACUAAAUUCAAUGAAAACGAUUCGGAUGGAGAUUUGGAGAAAAAGUUAGAGAAAGUUGUGGGUGGAAAGAAAAACGAAUCAAAAGAGAAAACGCCCAUGGAAACUUCCAGCGCCGAUAACACGGCCGAUACGGUGGAUGACAGUCUCAAUAAUAGCGGAACACAGGUCGUUAUAAUGGCUGCAGAAAGUGAAACUGAAGUUUCCGUAAAUGAGUCCGAUGCCGAAAAGGCUACAGAAAAUAAGUCGGAAUCGCUAGUGGAAACAGAAGAGCCGGAAAAGACAGCAUGUACAGCAAAAGAAGAAGAAGACGCCGAUGACGAUGAAAAGGAUUCAACGUCGAAAACGGAUCAACCUGCUACAGAAAAGGAGGAGACCAAAAGCGAAGAUGACAAAACGAAGUCUAAGGAAGUUGUCAGUUCGCUGCUAGGAGAUUGGGAUGAAGACGAUGAUUUGUAAAAAAAGGAAUUUGCAAUCGCGCAUCACACACAAGUGACUUUUAAUAAGAUGAACCAUAAAAAAUUUGUGCUAGCAGAAGAAGCAUUAGCGUUAGUUUUGAAUAAGAGUAGCAUUACGAACAAUGUUAUUAAAUAUUUAGAAAUUUUAUUUUUCGUAAAGUAAUUGUACCGUACCGUACGUCUUCUAUGUACAUUUAAAUUCAUAUAGAAAUAUUUGGAUGCUUAUGAAAGUAGAUUUAACAUUGCCCAAAAACUACUUUCAAAACCAUCGAAUUAUAACAACUGAUUAAAUUAAGUGAUGUUGUUCAACCAUCAAUUUGCCUAUUGAAGAGGCAAAAUGAUGAUUGAAGGCCAACAUCGUUAAAAGGUCCACUCUUUUUUUUUUAACUUGGCAUGCUUCAUGUAUUUGCAAUUAUCAAUUAAUAAUCCUAGACCAUUUGAAUCUUUGCGUUUAACGUGUCACGUGAACAUUAACAUUUUAGGUUAAUUUAUCCUGAAAGUACUAAAUGUUUUCUUUUAUUUCUCCUAGGGAACAUACAACA